AUGCAGAGUGUUUCCUUAACUAAAUUCUUACAUCUUCAGAACGAAGUUAGAUGUUUAAGCAAUCAGAAUUCAAGAAAUGGGAAGUAUCGAUGUAACAGUUGCGACAAAGAAUACGUUUCGAAAAAUGGGUUAAAAUAUCAUCGAAGGAUCCACACUGGAGAAAAACCCUUUGCCUGUGAUCAUUGCAAGCAACGUUUUGCACAUAAAGGAAAUCUGAUUCAACAUCUCCGAACUCACACGGGGGAAAAGCCAUUCUGUUGCGAUUAUUGCAAACGAAGUUUUACACUUAAACAUAAUCUGAUAGAACAUCUUCGUCUUCACACCGGAGAGAAACCAUUCUCGUGUAAUCAUUGCUCAGAAAAAUUUUGUUUUAAACGUUCUUUAAAAUAUCAUAUUAUUAAACAUCAUAAUAGUUUAAGCAAUCAGAAUUCAAGAAAUGGGAAGUAUCGAUGUAACAGUUGCGACAAAGAAUACGUUUCGAAAAAUGGGUUAAAAUAUCAUCGAAGGAUCCACACUGGAGAAAAACCCUUUGCCUGUGAUCAUUGCAAGCAACGUUUUGCACAUAAAGGAAAUCUGAUUCAACAUCUCCGAACUCACACGGGGGAAAAGCCAUUCUGUUGCGAUUAUUGCAAACGAAGUUUUACACUUAAACAUAAUCUGAUAGAACAUCUUCGUCUUCACACCGGAGAGAAACCAUUCUCGUGUAAUCAUUGCUCAGAAAAAUUUUGUUUAAGCAAUCAGAAUUCAAGAAAUGGGAAGUAUCGAUGUAACAGUUGCGACAAAGAAUACGUUUCGAAAAAUGGGUUAAAAUAUCAUCGAAGGAUCCACACUGGAGAAAAACCCUUUGCCUGUGAUCAUUGCAAGCAACGUUUUGCACAUAAAGGAAAUCUGAUUCAACAUCUCCGAACUCACACGGGGGAAAAGCCAUUCUGUUGCGAUUAUUGCAAACGAAGUUUUACACUUAAACAUAAUCUGAUAGAACAUCUUCGUCUUCACACCGGAGAGAAACCAUUCUCGUGUAAUCAUUGCUCAGAAAAAUUUUGUUUUAAACGUUCU